AUGAUGACCCACUCUGAUAGUGAAGAAGAUGAGAUUAGUGUGACAACUAGCUCCAGCUCAAACUCCCAGGAGAAGACUGGUAAUUCAGACAAGUCUGAACCAUCUACCAAAGCUCCUUUAGGUACUCGUCGAACCAAGCCAAAGACACCUCGCGAAAACUCCUUUACCAAAUUACUGAAGUCUAAAAUUCCUAGCUUUGGGCACUCGUACGAACCAGCCAAUCUCACUGUGGAUGAGGGAGAGUUUCACCACAAAGAUCAUUUCCAGCGUGUCCAUCGUGGCAGAGCAGAUGAACGCUUCCUUGACCCAGAGGACGGUCGAGUCGAAAAGCUAAUAGUACAGUGUACUAAUGAUUUUCUCAAAGUGGCUAGAGACUCAAAGUACAAGAGAACAUCCAUAAGCAAUGUAUCACCUCUCACAUUGAGGAUUGCCAACUGGGCCCUGAGAGGAUUUGAUGCGGAUUUAGAAGGCAAAGGCUAUCGCUCCAUGAACUAUCUUGAAGCCGCAGUUAAAUGGCCAGCUGCGUGUCUUUUUCUUACUAUUGUGUCGAUCAGCCUUCCCAGUCCUCCGGAUGGAAGCCCCGUUCCAUUCUCAAACAUCGAUCGUCUCCUUGAGCCACGUUAUCUGCUUUUCGACGCGGGUGAAAAUGAAUCAAAGCUAUUGAAGGCCAGUGAUUGGAAGGAUUGGUCAAAACAAGAGGAAAAAUAUCGGAUAAGCCUUGAAAACGUGAAAACGAAUUUGCGCAGUGAUCAAAAUUGCCCAGAGUAUGUGGUUGUUGCGUACAUCGGUACCCAGUUCAAACUCAAGAAUGAGAAAGACAUGGCCGCGCUCAACGAGAUAGGUCUCAUCGCUGCUCGGGAAUUUGGUGUCCCAGCAUACUGGAUAAGCGCUUUUUGCACGCCUGGUGCUAAUUCGGACUCGGCCGAUGAUAUUUAUCACAUCAGUGAUAUCGUCCGCGGGGCUCGCGCCGUUGUUAUCGCUGUCGGGCCUAGAAAGGGACUGAAACUUUCAGACAACAAUUUGGAUGAAAGAAUCAAGACUCUCGUACGGGACUGGGGUAGUCGUGUGUGGACAUUGCCAGAGGUUCUACUUUGCAAAAACCAGGAAAUACCUGUUUAUGAGCGAGGCAAAUUUCCUCUAAACGAAGAGGGAGACCCAGGCCAUAGCGCAUCUAUACCGAAGAGCCGCUUUGCCGAAUAUGCUUGGGAUGAUUCGGAAAGAAGCAGGCAGCUGACUGAUCACUUCUCAGGGAGUCUCAUUCUCAGCCCGCUACAGUUAUCAAGUAUUGCCUUGAACUGUCUUUUUUCGAGGGAGAAAGGGGAUGAUUUUAGGGGUGGUCAUACCUACGCACUUAUGGGUCUACUCCUGAAGCGACCCUGUGUCGAUCACAACGACAGCGAGUUUCAAGCCUUCGCCCGUCUGUCCCUUGCCAAUGAUAGUGACAAGCUCCUUGAACGAUUGAUGUGUGUUUUGCCUCAGAACGAUGAUCAGCCAUGGUAUUGUACGGAUGAUAAGUACGAUGUCAAUCUAUGGGAUAUCGAACCGACCUGUCAGAUAGCCGGAAUCUGCUACAACGAUGCGAUUCUUGUUGAUGGAGCGUUCGGUGCUACAAUCCACUGGGACAAAUUCCGAAAGGUCAACUCCCGGCGAAGAACCACUCCCAAGCGACUCAUCACGAAGAUAUUGUUCCACGGAGCUCCGUUCUUUGGUGUAAUUGGAAUUUUUACUUUUGUCAUUACUUUCGCCAUUGUUCAAAUGCUGGAUAGAGUGCAGCACGACUUGAGCGACACAUCUUUCACGGCAGGUGUAUUCAGCGAUUUCAAGCACAAGGUAUGGAUGGUCCGAGUAUGGAUGUACUUUACAGCUGUCCUGGGCGCCUUGCUUGUGGUACUUGCUGUAUUGACAUUUUUCUGCGCGCCGUAUCUCACCCGUUUACUGUAUGGGGGGAAAUUCUGGGGCUCCCAAGCAUGGCUCUUCGGAUUCGAAGGAUAUGCCGAUCUCGAGACCAUCGAAUCCCAAAUAUUUGGUGGUAAUCUCCAACGUUUGCGAUGGAGCGCUUACGGCUCCUCGCUUUCUCGGCAUGAAGAAGCAUCCAGCGACUGCGAGCCUUGCGAUCCGAAGAAAUCUUCUGCAGAGAUUGCGGCAAAGAUAGAGCAAGCCAAAUCGAACACCAACCCUGAUGGAAUGCGUAUCUUCACGCUGGUCGAUACCAAUACUAUGACAGUGACGCUAUUCGAAGCGGUCAACCCACCGAGCGUGGUUCUCUUGUGCGCAGCAGAAGGAGGUAUGCAACGAGCCAUUGCAUGCUCGUAUGAGUGGACGACUGGAACCUGCUAUCGGGAAACGGUUCUUCGAAUGGAGACACCUGUACUGGCGAAGAUGUCUCGAGUUCCUAGAGUUAAGAUGGGGAUUCGCAACACACUGAGAGUUUGA